AUUUACAAAUGUUGGUUGGAAAGAGAAAGUAUUUUGAAGAUGAGCCAAAUGAAGUACCUUAUAAAUUUAUUAAUUUAGACUAAAAAUCCUACAUUUGCUCUUAGAAGACGUAUUACUUAGGAUAGAAAUUUAGAAACUUUAUGUUAAGCACGUAAAAGACUUACUUAGUAUAUGAUUUUAAUUUAUUUAUUUAGAUAAAAUUUGGCUAUUAUUUAAGAGAAAUACCCUCAGAUUCAAUAAACUGAUAUUUUAAGAUUAUUAGAAGAUUUCGACAACAAUGUUGAAAUGGUAUUUGAGAUUCUUGGCUAAAAGGCAUCUAUUCCAUAGAAAUUCGAGAUUGGUGAUGCAGAUGUAUUGAUUUAAACAUAUAUAUAUAUAGUUUGAUAAUUACAAAAAGGCUUUAAAAGAGGAAUUAUUAAAAAGACUUUAAUAAUCAUAAAAUAUUCAGUCAGCUUAUUAAGUGAUUUAAUUGUGUUUUGAUGCUUUUGAAUAAAAAUUAGGAGAGAAAUUUUAAUCUAAUGUAAAGUUUUAAUUUAUAAUAUAGACUUAGAGAUUGGAGGAUGAAAAUAAAUUAUUGAAAUAAGCAUUUUUAAAGUAACACAAGAGAUUGGAAAAGAUAAGAGUAGAAGCAGAAAAUAAAGAGAAAUAAAAUUAAAAUUUAAUUAAAUCACUCACUGAAGAAAAUAAACAAUAAUAAUAAAUUAAUAAUAACCUCACAAUAUUAUUAAUAUAAGCAUAACAAAAUAACACUGUUUCAACUAUUAAUAAUAUUAACAAUGAUAUAUAUUGAAC